AUGUCGCUGAUUGCUCUACUCUUCUACGCAUGUACGGCUGGUCGGGUUAGCACGAAAAUCCUCAAUCGAAUUAUAGGAAUAUCCGGAAGUGGAAGUUGGUUGCUGAUACUUUUUGCCCAGAAUUUCUACUACCUACUGAUAGCCCGGCUCCUAGCCGGAGUGACUUGCGGGUUGACCUUCACCAUAAUACCAGUCUAUCUUGCUGAAAUCGCUGAGGACUCAAUCAGAGGUACACUAGGAAGCCUUCUCGCGCUUGGCGUCAGUCUGGGAACAUUGCUGACUUUUAUUUUCAGUGCGACCCUGAGUUAUCGUGAUUUCGCUAUUUGUGGAUUGAUUGUGCCCAUAGUAUUCAUUGCUGGAUCCCUUUUCCUGCCUGAGUCUCCGGCUUAUUUCAUGAGGAAGGGACUCACUGAGAAAGCCACUGGAUCUCUCAUGUGGCUGAGAAAUAAUGAUCUGAAAGCUGUAGAUCGCGAGUUGAAACUACUGGAGACCGAAUUCAAACCUGAUUCACUGAAAAGACCAGGUUUAAAGGAUCUCUUCAGGGAUCGAGGAACGAUCAAGGCAGUAAUCAUUGCGGGAACUAUUUAUGCAGGACAGCAUUUUGGGGGAUGUGCAAUUCUUGACGCUUACAGUGGAAUGAUAAUCGAAAAAGCGAAUAAGGGAUCAAUCGCUGUGAGUGCAGCCGAUUCGCUUUUGAUCGUCGCUGUAACGCAAAUGAGCGGAUCAUUAAUAUCAACAUUUACGGUUGAUCACUUUGGGAGAAGAAAGCUUGUCAUUUCAUCUUGUGCAGGAAUGGGAAUUUGUCAUGCGGUUCUCGGAAUUCAUCUCUUCUUGCAAAAUCGAGAAUAUGAUCUCUCGUCGUUGCCCUGGAUUCCAACUGCUUCAGUUGCUGGUUUUACUCUUGCUUAUUCUGUAGGACUUGCUCCGGGCGUCUCCAUCGUUGCUUCUGAGUGUUUUGGUCAAGAUAUUGUGUGUUUAGGAAUGUCUUUCUCGUUGGGUAUAGAAUUUAUCUCGAAUUUUUUGACGACUCUGGCUUUUCCGUUUGUAAGUUCUACUUUUGGUAUGCACGUGAGUUUUUUUAUUCUCGCUAUGUGCUGCGCUGUUACCACGGCAAUCGUAUUCUUCAUUAUGCCCGAGACCAAAGGGAGAUCCAAAGCAGCUAUUACUGAAGAAUUGAAUCGAAGAAGAAGGAACCAUGACGAUCCAUCAAAAUUCAAUGAAACUUGA